AUGGCUGUGGUUUGGGUCACUGGAUUGACCCAUGAUGGGGUAACGGAGCUCUACCACACGGAUGAUCAGUUUCUGAACUUCUUUACUAGAAAUAAAAAGAAUUUCGACAACUCAUUACUCAUUUUUACGGCAGAUCAUGGACCUCGCUAUUCUGGCAUCGAAGCUGUUCGUCUUGGGCGAUAUGAAAACCGGAAUCCUUUACUACUGGUAGCCCUUCCAAGAGUGAUGCGGAACACCGAAGUACAUGAGGAACUUCGAGCCAAAACGAUGGAGCUUAUGACCCAUUUCGAUAUCCACGCAACAUUGGUUGACUUCCUGCAUUACCAGCCAAAGGCGAAUUUCUCUGACGCAACCGAGCGCAAGAUGCUUCCACAUAGCAAAGGAUCCUCGUUGCUGCGAAAGUGGAAAGGUCCAAGGAACUGUCAAACGCUUCCGAUUCCAUUCGAAUACUGCAUUUGCCAGUAUGAAAAGAAGAAUGUGACGUAA